AUGCACAAGGAUCCUGAAUCCAGGUUUUUUUUUCUCUCUUUCAUGGGAUGUUUAAAGACAUAAAAAUCGAUUUUAAAGCAAUUUUGGAAGCCAAGAGCGGUUUUAUGAUGUUAUUUCAUACCUUUAGGACCUUAGUAAAGAUUUUUAUAACGAUUUUCUAUCGUUUUGUUAGAAAAAAUCUUUAAAAGUUGAAUUUCCAGAUACUUGGCUAGUGCUGGAAAGGAUGGAAAUAUCCAUAUUUGGGACACCGUCAAAGGAAACGUUGUCAGAUCAUUGACAGGUAUUAAAAAUGGAAAGAGAUAAUAAAAGUAAAUUUAAGGGCACACGGCCUCAGUAACAAGCAUCCGUUGGGGAGGAGAAGGCUUGAUUUAUUCUGGGUCUCAGGUAAAAGUUCAAAUUUUCGAGUUUUUCUGUUUUGAUUUUGAGCUUGAAGAGCUGGUUCAUAAGGCUUUCCUUAAAAUUUUUAUUGGAAUCGAGAAAAUCGUAUUUUUUUUCCAACGCAUCCUUGCACCUGAUUUUUCUUGGCUCUAUUUUCGAAUACUAUAAGGUUACAUUGUAAAUAAAUUUCCUCAUUUAUUAUUUUUUAAUUUUCGAGCCUGCAACAUCGAGACCUAAGUUUCUUCAAAAUUGAAAACGCUUGAAUUAAAGUUUAGGCAGCCGCUGCCAAAUUUUCAUAAAUUUAACCGUUGAACUCAUUAAAAUUUGGCAGCGCCUGGAAUUCUAUUUUCAUUAGCUCUUAGGGGAUCGAGAAUCCUUCUUUAAAAAAAAAAAAAGAAAAUAAUGUUUAAACCUCUAGAAAUAAUUCUUAGAGGAUUUUUUUCUAUGUCUCAAAUUUGAAACUUCAAUGCCAUCUUUAAAAAAAGUUUUCUUUGAUAAGUUUUUGUUCUUAAUUUUCGGCCCCGGGCUCAAUUUACUUGAAAUUUGACAACGCUUGGAUUAAAGUUGGGGUAGGACCAAUUUUUCGUAAUUUCAUCGGUUAAUCUUGGGAAAGUUUGUUAGCGCCUGGAAUGCAUCUUCCACUAGCUUAUUGGGAAUCGAUAAUCCUUCUUUAAAAAGAGAAAAAAAAAACAAUUACACUGUUCGAAUUUCUGGAAGUUAUUUUUUAAGGUUUGCGGGCUCAACUUUUCAAAUAUGCAUGAUCUCAUAGGCAAAAUUAGGAAAGGUAGAAAAAUGCUCUAUAGAAGUUUUCUUUUUUUGCUCCGUUUUUUUCCACUUUUUCUUGAGCUUGAAAGUCCCAUAAGAACGUAAGGCUCGAUAAAGGGGCUCUCUUUGCUGCCUUUUUGCGGCCUUUUUUGAGCCUUUCGCUUUUAGCGGCUAUUAUCCAUCAUUCCGACUUUGCACGAGCUUUUAAAUAAAUCGAGAUAUUUUUAUAAACCUCAAGGACACAGUAUUCUUAAGAAGAAGUUUACUUCCUUUUUCCUAGGACCGAACAGUGAAAGUUUGGCGAGCUGAGGACGGUGUCAUGUGCCGGACCUUGACUGGUCAUGCUCAUUGGAUCAAUACUCUGGCCCUCAACACUGAUUUUGCUCUUCGGACCGCCUGUUUCGACCCCAGUAAUCGAUGUCUAAAGCCGGAAACUAGCGAGGAGGUUUCGGAUCAGAAGUCACAGAAAAAUAUAGAAAAAAUGUGCUCUAGUGUCAAAAAGUGGCUGAGAAACGGUAUAAGGCGGCUUUGAAAACGACUGGCGGCGAGAGAUUGGUCGGUUUUUGAGGAGGAUUUUCGGAAAAAAAACUUUUUUUUUUUCAAGGUCAGCGGCUCUGACGAUUUCACCAUGUUCAUGUGGAAUCCGAGCGAAUCCAAGGCGGCGAUCGCAAGGAUGACUGGUCAUCAACAACUCGUUAAUCAGGUUCAAUUAUUUUUAAAGAAUCGUGGGAAACAAAAAUGAAAGUUGGAAAUAUUUUUUCACUCACAAAUUUUGCUAUUUAUUUGGGAAAAAUCCAAAAAAAUAAAUCGAAACUGAAAUUCAUCAACGGAGCGCAGAUUAGUGUAUUUUUUUGAGCUGAUUUCUAGAAAAAAAUGAGAAUUUUUCUCAUUUUAAUUUUUCAGCGUUUCUGAAGCUAUUUUUAGGAGUUUCAGAGUAGUCACUAUUGGGGAAAACCUUAGGGGCCCUUAAAGGUCCCUUUUGCUAAUUUUUAAAAAAACUGAAAAAAACGGGAAUAUAUGUCCAUGGGGCGCAGAUUAGUGUAUUUUUAGAGCUGAUUUUUAAAAAAUAAGAAUUUUCUUAUUUUAACUGCAUUUCUGAAGCUAUUCUCUGGCAUUCCAGAGUGGUCACUGUAGGGGAAACCUCCCUAAAUACCACUUUACGAACCCCUAUAGGGACCACUCUGGAAUUCCUAAGUUUAACUUUUUUUUUUCUCAAAUUUAGAAAGAGCAAUUUUUUUUUUCAAUUCUGAUUUUUUGUCCAUUUCAGCUAGGUAUAUAAAGUUUUAAACGCUUUUUUUCUCAAGUUAACUUUUUUUCUGUGAUAUGUUUCCUGAUAAAACUUUUAAAUUUUUCAACUCUUCACCUCAAAAAAUUUAUUAAUAUUCCAAAUUUUAAUUUUUCAUUGUUCAAUUAUCAUUUUUUUAAAAACCUCUCCCUUCUAUUUUUUUCCUUUUUGAAUUAAUAUUUUUUUCCAUUUCCAAUUCUUAAUAUUUUUUUCUAUAAUUCCAGGUCGUCUUCUCGCCGGACACUCGUUACAUUGCCUCGGCGUCUUUCGACAAAUCGGUCAAGCUUUGGUGUGGCCGAACCGGGAAAUAUAUAGCCUCCCUGAGGUUUUUAUCGAUCUUUCCUGUCAAAAAAGUCAAUAAAUCGAUUAAAGAGGUCACGUCGGACCCGUCUAUCAAGUGGCUUGGUCGGCCGACAGUCGAUUGCUCGUUUCCGGUUCCGCUGAUUCUACCUUGAAGGUGAUUUUUUAGCCUUUGAGGGGUUUUUCAGACUUAUUUCUGAACAAAUUUGCUUUGAUGUAACCUAGUUUUUUAGUUUUUUCAGCUGAAAAUCGAUAUUUUUCGAAAAUAAUCACUUUAUCAUCAAAUUUUAGUAUGAAAGUUAAAAAAAUUAAGAUCCUUGAAUCGUUCCUCGGAAAAAAAUAUUUCAGUGGAAAUUUCAAUUGGUACCAAUUUGACUUUUAUGUUACAAGUAUUCUUGAAAUUCAAAUAUUUUUCAAAUCGCAUGUUAGCAGCAGGUUAAAAAAGGUGGUGUGAAAAAGAACCAGCGAAAAUUCAAACGGCGACUUUUCCGAUUUUUUCAUAUCGCUAGGGAACUUUCCGACGGAUUCCGUUCCGACUUUUUUCUUUUUUUUCGGUUUAUAAAACAUCUAUAAACAAUUUUUUUUCCUAUUUCUUUGUGUUUUAAUUAUGAGCCAACUACCUACUUUAUAUAAGCAGGUUUAAAACGUAGAUUUUAUGGAGAAAAAAGUCGGAAAGUUCCCUAGCGAUAUGAAAAAAUCGGAAAAGUUGCCGUUUGAAUUUUCGCUGUUGUUCUUUUCAUACCACCUUAAAGAAGGAAUCCGAAAUUCAGUUAUUCGAAAAAAUUAUCACUGCUCUCUCGUUGAUGGUAGGAAGGAAUUUUGGGUCCCCGAAUAUUCGUGAGCGUUAAUUGUGCAUACACCAAUCUUGGGGGCUUGAAUCUUUGAAAAUUUGAAUCUUUGCAAACGAUUCUUGGGAAUAUUCCCCUCUUUGUUGAAUUUCCUUCUUUUUUUCCUACAUUUUUUUUCCUUUGUCGUUUUAUUGUGAAGAUGCCGUGUUUCGACAAAUAAUGAAAACUGUAUGAUUUUUUUCAACUAUUUUUUAUCAAAUAAUGCGUCUUUCUCGCAUACACCUAGUCAAAUAUUCACUGCAGAACGGCUACCACAUUUCCAUUCGCUCUGUAUAUAUUCUCCAUCAAUUUCCGUUUUCAAAAAAAUUGGUAAAAUUAUAAAAAAAUCAGAAAAAAAGGUGAAUAUUCCCAAGAAUCGUUUGCAAAGAUUCGAGCUUCCAAGAUUGGUGUAUGCACAAUUAACGCUCACGAAUAUUCGGGAACCCAAAAUUCCUUCCUAUCAUCAAAAAAAGUGCUGAACAUUUUUAGGCGUUUUCGCCGUUUCUCUGAUGGUAUUUUUUGAUCUUGAGAAUUUAAUAAAUACUGUUGUUUUGAGAAAGUUAUUUUCAAACUUCACACCGAAAUGGUCGUUUUUUCAUGAAUUAAGAAAAACUCCUUUUGUUAAAACUAAUGUUUAUGCCUUAAAUAAACUUUUUUUGGGACACUGAAAGCUUUUAAAAUUUGAUUUUCCAGUUUUGAGGUUUUUCUGAUAUUCGGAUCUAACUUCAUAGGAAAAAGACUGGGAAUUUUUUUUCCCACUUCCAAAAUGUUGUUAACUUUCAUACCGGAUAGAGCGAUCCAAAAAAGUCAGCCAAAAGGGAGUAAAAUUUUGAAUUUCAAUCAUACGUCGGCUAAUUCUCACCCUGGGGUGCCGCCAACCCCCCUCGAACUGCGGCCUACCCUUUUUUUGCGCGCAAAAAGGCUGGGGUGGGAUUUAGCCGACAUAUGAUUUCAAUGGACGCUCCUCUGAGUUUUGGUUAAAAAAAUCGUGCUUUUUAAUAAUAAUAUUAAUAAUAAUAAUAUUAAUAGGUUCAUUCACUGCAUACGGUAAGGAAAUAAGUAGUUAUAAUAAAAAAAAGACAGAGGCGCAGUAGAAUAACCAACAACGGGAACCAGUCCACCGUAACGAGUAGACUUUGGCCUGGAUCAAGACAAGGAUUAAAGUAAUCGGGAAGAAGGCAGAAUUUGGGAGAUCAUUAAGCGAAUCAGUGGAGACGUUAAAAACUAUUCAAGAGGUUAAUUUAUUCCGAAUAGUUUUGGAAAAAAAAAGUCUUUAGAAAACUGACCGGAACUGACUUAUUUGGAAAGUAUCUUUCAAGGUCUGGGAAAUGAGAACGAGAAGCCUUUACUACGACCUGCCGGGCCACGGCGACGACGUCUUCACCGUCGAUUGGAGCCCCGAAGGGACGAAAGUCGUGAGUGGCGGCAAGGACAAGGUCCUGAAACUCUGGCGGCAAUGA